AUGUCAUUUGUUGGCAAACUAGUUCAUUAUGCUGCUGAUGCAGUCCUUGUUUCUGCUGUGCUGGCUGGUAUUAAAAGGUCUACUGGAUUAACACUUGCUACACACCGAAUCGAGAACGAUGAGGUUCGAAAUGCUGUGAAUAAAUUUCUCGGUGUUGGCGAAUGGGUUGUGGAUCAAAGUAUCUCAUAUAUGAGCACUUCAUCUUACUUUGAAAGAAAGCGAUGA